AUGCCGAAGUGUCUCCAGAUGGAUCGCAUCACAACCAAAACGGGUCUGAGCCACAAACCCGCCCGGUUGCCAAUCCAAUCGCGAUCUAAUUACGCAAAGAAAACCACUGUAAUCACGCUCAAUUUAAUAGUUUCUGGCAAAAAAAAAAUCUACUAUUGGGCCUGCGGAAAGACCAAAGGAAGCCUCAAAUGUAAUUUUGUGCUGACAUUCAGCCCUCUUGCUCUAUUCCAAGCCUCACCUCUUGACUCGCGCCCUGUGCUUCGCCCUUCCCGUCCAUCGCCCCCUUCAACUGACCCCAUCCUCAGCGUGCCUUUCACGGUGCUCCAGAGAGCAACUCCCCCCCUCCCCCCCCCCCCCCACAUCCCUUCAACAUCCGCAUCACUCUCGCUCAGCAUCAAAUCCCCUCUCACGCGCCAUCGCGAAACGCCGCUAGAGCCCGCAUUACCCACGAUGCUGCCAGCCGUGGCCGCCCGCCGCGGCGUCUUCCUCGCCUGCCUCUGCGCGCUACUGUACGCCGCACACGCCGGCUCGGUCGAUGACAAGCUGCAGUCUCUCAGCUCGGCAGAGCUGGCGAAGCUGGAGCGUGAGCUCCAGUCGCAGGUAGAUCAGCACGAUAUGGAGCUGCAAGCUAUGCGCAAGGAUACGGAGCGUCUCAAGACGGAGCAGAAGGUCGUCGACGAGGAGGCCGAGCGUCUGCAGGGCGCAAAGAAAUGGGAGCUGCAGGAGAAGAUCACAAGGGAGAAGGAGCUGGAGGCGGCCAAGGAGGAUGUCCUGCUGAAGCAAGAGAGCAUUUCUAAGAUGGCCACGAAGGUGAGCGAGCUCAAGGACCAGAUUGAACGCCUGGAAAACAGGUUGACCGACCUCAAUCGAGAGAAGGACUCCACUGAGCGCCGCUAUCAGGAUCCGUCCCUCGUGGACGUGCUCGAGUCGCGCUCGCACAAAUGGGGCUCGGUAACGCGCAAUGUCUAUAACAAGACAAUGACUGACAUCGUCCCGGCGUUUUCUAGUAUAUCCGAGACAGCUCGCUCGUAUCGCCGCACUGUUUCGAGAACCUCACGCGCUUUGGAGUUGGGCGUUUCGCUGCUUAUUUAUGGUUUUGUCGUGGGAGCCUGUGUCGCUGUGUAUAGAGUUUACAACAAGGUUCGCGGAAAGCUCUCUAUUUCGCGCUUGUUGUUCCUUGGCGAUGCAUUCUGCGCCGGAUUUUGGACAAUCAUGCUCCUGUGCUUCUGCGUCUUGUUCGACGAUCCGCUUUACGUCAUGAAGCAAAAUGCGCCAACGCCAUUUUUCGUUUUUCAGCUUAUUGCGUGCUUUUCUUAUGUCAACUUUGUACUCCUCAGAGUGCUCGUUCUAGCAUCCAAAAUGACUUUGGGAGCCCUAGGAGAGACUCUUGCUGUCGUCGUCGUGGGUCACCACUAUUACGUCAGGGUGUGGCAACCGGCCAUCCUCGACAAGCCCUUCCACGGAACAUUUUUCUACUACUUCUGCUACGCAUGGCUUUUCUGUGCCUUUGCGUACAACCGAGUGCAAGAAUUUGCACCGCUCAAACAACUGCGAGGCCCCCAGCUUCCGCCAUUGAUGUGGCUUCGAGUACUCAUCACUAGAUUCACGGCUCGCGGGGUACCCGACGGUGACAUUGAAAGUAGCCCGUACGCAGCCACAGAUGAGGACGAUGACCAUGGUCACGAACGUUAAACCCCCGGAGAUAGACGCUCCACUCGCCAGAAAUAGCUGGUACGGUCUGAACGCAGCAUGUCUAACAUGUAAAGGAGGAUAAUCACAAGCACUGGAGCAAAAAA